UCAGCCUUGACAGCUGAGCUGCUCUUCCUCCCGUCUGUUUUCAGAAAGGGCUACUUUAUAUUGUUAACUCUGUAGUCUCACACAGACCUCUGCCUUUUUCAUAGGACAGGAAAAAGUCAGGAAACGAUGGAGGUGGACUCGGUGUUCUUCACUGAUCACAGUGGACGGAUCACCAGUAAUCCAUUGCUGGACCAGCUCCCGAGCUACCAGUCUCUCCUGUACCGCAGGAAGUCUUCAACUGGCGGCACCAAACGAAGAGCCAGCUCCAGAACAAGACUUGGCUCCUCUGGUAGUGGCAAAUGGGGCAUUAGCACCUUCACUAGACGAGAUGAGAAACAAAAAAAGCAGACGGGGCAGCGGCCCAUCAGAGAACUGCCCAAGUCCAUGGCUGAGAAGCGUAGAGACAAAGUACAGCAACUGGAGGACGCUCUAGAGUUCAGCAGCUUGAGACAGUGGAGGCAAAACACUUUCAGGCAUCUGAGGAGGCUGAAGGUUGAUGCCCAGCAGUGGCUGAGCUCUUUGAAGCUCUGGAGGAGAGACAUCCACCAGAUAGAAGGAAUGUUUGGAACAGGGAUCCUGUCUUACUUUUCGUUCCUGCGUUUCCUGGUCCUGCUCAACCUGAUUAUUUUUCUAAUUAUGUUCAGCUUUGUCAUGUUGCCUAUCAUUAUUGCUCCCAGUGUCUCAGGAAAUAUCACCUACAACCAGCAUGAUGGUGAGAGAAAACUCCCAUAUAUGUUUCUGGUCCUUGUCCUUAUUCGCCAGGGUUUUCUGGAAAGGACUUACCUUUUCUACGGCUUCUACAAGGUGGACAAAAUCCACUUUCCAAAUGUUACAUAUAAUUUGGCACUGGCUUACCUGCUGGCAACUAUAGCAUGCCUCUUUCUUAGUCUUAUCUGGAUCGUUAAAAGGUCUGCCACAGGGUUCAAACGUAGCCUGGUGCAGGAUGAGGAUUGCUUUCAGAGUUUUUGCAACAAGAUCUUUUCUGGCUGGGACUUCUGCAUCACUAACGAGAAUGCAGCAAAGCUGAAGAGAAGCAGUCUGCUUUAUGAACUCAGGACAGAUUUGGAAGAAGAAAGGAUCAAACAGAAGAUAGCAGAUCGCACAAGACAGGAGAAGUGUCGAAUCUACCUCAUCCGCAUCAUCCUCAAUCUGUUUGUCAUUGGCGUACUGGCUGCAUGCUUUUACAGCAUUUAUGUAGCCACCAUCUUCUCCCAGGAAGGGCAGAUGAAUAAUGUUAAGGUGAAUUUUAUUGUGGAUCUCAUCUAUGAAUACCUGCCCUCCAUCGUCAUCACUUUGGCCAACUUCAUCACUCCCCUUCUUUUCUCUGUGAUCAUCAACUAUGAGGACUACUCACCCGCCUUUGAGAUCCGCUUUACUCUCAUGAGGUGCGUCUUCAUGCGGUUGACCAGUAUUGGGGUUUUGCUCUUCUCUCUCUGGUCUCAGAUCACUAAAUGUGAGGAUAAGGUUUGCAGCUGUGGCUACAACCACAUUCUUUACUCUUGCUGGGAGACCCGUGUGGGCCAGGAAAUGUACAAACUCACUGUCUUUGACUUUAUCAUCAUUGUUGCUGUCACCAUCCUCGUGGAGUUUCCUCGAAAGCUGAUUGUGAAGCACAGUAACAGCAGGUUGGCCAAGUGGUGGGGCCAACAGGAGUUUGCUAUUCCUCAAAAUGUGCUAGAAAUUGUGUACGGUCAGACCAUCUGCUGGAUAGGAACUUUCUACUGUCCGAUGCUGCCUGCCAUCUGCACCAUCAAAUACUUCUUCAUCUUUUACAUCAAAAAGGUAUCAUUAAUCAAAAACUGCCGUCCAGCCACACGUCCUUUCCGAGCAUCCAGCUCCAACUUUUUCUUUUUGGGUGUGUUGCUGAUUGGUCUGGCUCUGGCUUGUCUGCCCGUCACAGUUAGUGUAGCACAAAUAAACUGUUCCCAGGCUUGUGGACCAUUUGUGAAUUACAACACUUCCUGGGAGGUCCUGCCAAUUACAGUAUUGCAGCUCCCAGCUGGAGUCCAAACCUUCCUCUUCGCUCUCUCAUCAGAGGCCUUUGCUGUUUCUUUUUUUGUUGUUACAUGCUUGGCCAUGUUUUACGUGAUCGCACUCGCUGGAGCUCACAAAAGAGUCAUUAAACAACUAAGGGAGCAGCUGGUCAUGGAGGGGCGUGACAAACGGUUUCUGAUCCAGAAGCUUUGCCAGGCCCAGAGGUCACCAGUCAGAUCGGCAGAGUCUCAAUCCCCGCCCCGCCACAACCGCAGAAGCAGCCCAAGCUAUUACACCAGCUUCUCCAGCAAUUUCAGUGACGGGCUGUUCUUGGCACACCCUCCACCAGACUCCUCCACACAUCAGCUCUGCUGCUGCGGAACCGGAGGGAGCGUGCUGGUGUCCAGAUCUGCCAGAUCCCAUUCUGUCAAAAUGCUAAGAAUUACUAUCCGGGCAGACGUGGGAUCCCUCUGGGUUUUAUUCUGCAUCAUCCAUUUUCAGAUCUUGACUGUAUCAACGGACGACAUAGUGGUGGCAUGUGGCGGAUUUGUAAAAUCCGAUGUUGAAAUCAAUUAUUCCCUGAUCGAGAUUAAAUUGUACACCAAACAAGGCUCACUGAAAUAUCAGACGGAUUGUGCACCAAUAAAUGGUUACUUCAUGAUUCCUCUCUAUGACAAGGGAGACUUUGUUUUGAAAAUUGAGCCUCCUCUCGGCUGGAGUUUUGAGCCAACAAGUGUUGACCUGCAUGUGGAUGGAGUCACUGACAUCUGUACCAAAGAAGAAGACAUCAAUUUUGUUUUCACAGGAUUCUCUGUCUCAGGAACGGUUCUGAGCAAGGGUCACCUGGUUGGCCCAGCAGGAGUGGAGGUCAAACUGAGCCGAGCAGGAACAGGGGAGAAGCUCCAGAGUGCCGUCACACAGCUUGGGGGAAAAUACACUUUCUUCAAAGUGCUACCUGGAAGUUACGAUAUCACAGCUUCCCACCCCUCAUGGACUCUAGAGCAGAGCACCACCACGGUGCACGUGUCCAAUGCCAACGCCCCGGCUGCCCACCAUCUGGUGGUUGGAGGCUACGAUGUCUCUGGGGAAGUCCGCAGUGAUGGAGAGCCCAUGAAAGAGGUCACCUUCCUACUGUACUCAGCCACAGUCAAGAGAGAGGACGUGACUGGCUGUAACAUGUCCCCAGUGGAAGGAGCAGAUUCUGGGGAUGGUUCCCUCAUCUACCUGUGCAGCACUCUGUCCAGGGAUGAUGGCACUUUUACAUUCCCCUCACUGGCCAGCGGCGAGUACACUGUUGUGCCUUUCUACAGGGGAGAGAGAAUCACGUUCGAUGUUGCUCCUUCCAGGAUGAAUUUCAAGGUGGAACACAACAGCUUGAGACUUGAGCCCAUCUUCCGUGUGAUGGGCUUCUCUGUGACGGGCCGAGUUCUGAACGGUGUUGGGGGGGAGGGGGUGUCUGAUGCCACCGUUGCCCUCAACAAUCAGAUCAAGGUUGUCAGCAAGGAGGACGGUUCUUUCCGGUUGGAGAAUAUGACAGCUGGUACUUACACCAUUCGCGUCACCAAGGACCUAAUGUUCUUUGAGCCCGUCACAGUGAAGAUUGCCCCGAACACGCCUCAGCUUCCUGACAUCAUCACUGCAGGGUUCAGUGUUUGUGGUCAGAUAUCCAUCAGUCGCCUGCCUGAGGGCAUGAAGCAGCAGGGUCGCUACAAGGUCACGCUGACACACCUGGGCCAGGACAACGCAUCCAGUCGGACCAUUGACUCCGACCCUCAGGGCGCCUUCUGCUUUCAGGCCAAACCUGGAGACUACAGCGUCCAUGUGUCGCUGCCGGAGCCGGAGGUUCGGGCCGGCCUGGCCCUGCAGCCUCAGGCCCUGCAGGUCACCCUGGUGGACCGGCCGCUCACAGACCUGCUCUUCACCCAGUUCAUGGCUUCUGUUUCUGGAAAAGUCUUCUGCCUGGCUUCCUGUGACGAUCUCUCCGUCACCCUGCAGCCAGUGAGUCGGCAGGGCGAGAGGAGGACGGUGCCUUUGUCUGGCAGCAGCGACAUCCUGAGCUUCUCUUUUGACAAUGUUUUACCCGGGAAAUACAAAGUGGGCAUUUCUCACGAGGAGUGGUGUUGGAAACACAAGUCCCUGGAAGUGGAGGUUCUUGAUAUGGAUGUCUUGGGAGUUGAGUUCAGACAAAUCGGCUACAUCCUGCGCUGCUCCCUUUCCCACGCCAUAACACUGGAGUUCUUCCAAGAUGGCAGCAAACCUGAGAAUGUUGGCGUGUAUAAUCUCUCCAAGGGAGUCAACCGCUUUUGCCUCUCGAAGCCUGGUGUUUACAAAGUCACACCUCGCUCCUGCCAUCAGUUUGAGCAGGACUUCUACACUUAUGACACGUCAGCUCCCAGUAUCCUGACUCUGACUGCAGUACGUCAUCACAUGACGGGACUCAUCAGCACAGACAAGAUUCUAGAUGUCACCGUCACAAUCAAGUCGUCCAUUGAGAGCGAGCCGGCGCUGGUGCUGGGUCCCCUGCGCAGCCUGGAAGAACAGAGGCAGGAGCAGCAGCUGCAAGAGAUUCAACUGCGGCGUCAGGAGCGAGAGCGGCGAGCAGCUGAGGAGGAGGGAGGCGGCAGAGACGACAGUCCUCCCAUCCAGGAGAAGGCCGACGACCUGACUGGCCCUUUCCACUAUGAAUUCUCUUACUGGGCCAGGGCAGGUGAGAAGAUCACGGUGACUCCAUCAUCUAAGGAACUGUUAUUUUAUCCACCUGAAGUAGAGGCAACUAUCACAGGAGAGUCGUGUCCGGGGCGGCUGGUGGACAUCAUCGGGCGUGCAGGUGUCUUCUUAGAGGGAAAGGUGUCUCCAGAGCUGCAGGGUGUGGAGAUAUCGAUCACUGAGAGAGGAGCUGCUGCGCCGCUUAUUUCUGUGGCCACUAAUGAGAUGGGAGCAUACAGUGUGGGUCCACUCCACAGUGACCAGCAGUACAACAUCAGUGCCAGUAAAGAAGGCUUCAUCCUGAGUCCAGUGGAGGGAACUCUGGGAGAUUUCAAGGCGUUUGCUCUGGCAGGUGUCACCUUUAAGAUUAAAUCGGAGGAUGGUCAUCCCCUGUCUGGUGUCCUUCUGUCUCUGAGUGGAGGACAUUUUCGUUCCAACCUUUUGACACAGGACACUGGGCUUCUUACCUUCAAUAACUUGAGCCCUGGUCAGUAUUACUUCAAGCCCAUGAUGAAGGAGUUCCGGUUUGAGCCAGCAUCCCAGAUGAUCACAGUGGAAGAAGGUCAAAACCUCAACAUUGACAUAACUGGCAUCAAGACGGCGUACAGCUGUUACGGGGUGGUGCAGUCCCUGAGUGGGGAUGCAGAAAGGGAUGUGGCUGUGGAGGCGGUGGGUCAGGGAGACUGCAGCCUGUACAGCGAGGACACCGUCACUGACGAAGAGGGUCGAUUCAGACUAAGGGGUCUACUGCCUGCUUGCAAAUACCUGGUUCAGCUGCGAGCUGAAGGCAAUGACCACAUAGAGAGAGCUUUGCCUCAGCACCGAACCAUAGAGGUUGGCAGCAGUGACAUUGAAGGGGUCAACAUCAUCGCCUUCAGGCAGAUCAAUCAGUUUGACCUCAGUGGAAACAUCAUCACGUCUCCUGAACAUCUCUCAACCCUUUCGGUAAAACUGUACAGGAGUGACAAUUUGGACAAUCCAAUCAACAGUGUCUCUCUGGGACAGUCGCUUUUCUUCCACUUCCCCCCUCUGGACCGGGAUGGCGAGAGCUAUGUGCUGAUGCUGUACUCCACACUGUCUCGCUCCCAGUACGACUUCACUCUGCCUCAGGUCUCCUUCACCUCCAGUGGAUACCACAAGCACAUCACUCUCACCUUCAACCCUACUCGUAAAGUGCCUGACCAGGAUGUUGCCCAAGGCUCCUACAUAGCUCUGCCUCUCACCUUACUCCUACUCUUAGCAGCAUACAACCAUGAGAAGGUGAUUCCCCUCCUGUUGCAGCUGGUAAACCGCAUCCAGGGGGUUAGAAGCAUGGCCCAAGCUGGCAGUGACAGCGCCGCUUUGGACGAAGCCAAACGUCAGGCCAAGAGACAGAAAGCCCGGCGAACAUGAGGCGUCACUCGCUCCAUGACCGAGAACGCUGGAUGGGGCGCUAGCAGGCGUGUCCACCGCCUCACAAAGCGCCGGUUUACACUCUGAGUGUUUGCGUGUGUGUUUUUUGUGCUAGUCAACUAUUUAGCGCAUCAAUUUGUUUUGUUUUUUUCUUCUAAUUUGGGUUCAGGUGAACUCGGAGACCACUUGAUAUGCAUUACCACCACCUCAUCAGCCAUUCAGAGUCACUGGACCGAUAGCUGACAUUUUACAGUAGAAUUUCUUUUUUCACAACAGUGGACUUGUUAAUAUUUGUAAUAGUCCUUUUUCUACAUGCUGUAAUUGGUCUUGAUUAACUCAAAACGUUAGCUUAUGUUUUUGAAAGCACUUACCAACCUCUUAUGCCAAUCUCAAUAUUAUUAAAAACUAUCAGAAAGGCACUCAAACAUGCAGACGGUCUAAUAAUUGAUUACUGUUAUCAGUAAUUACUUAAAUGUAAGUCAGCAACAAUUUAUCAUAACACAGGCCAUUUCUGAUGGACUUCUUAUUAGUAAGUGUGAUGUAAGGUUGUCUUAAUGUCAGUUUGUUCAAUAGCUCAGGAAAGUGAUUAUGAAUAGGUAGUUAAAAAUUUGGAUUUGAGGAGAAUUAUUUUGUUUUCUUUAAAGGGUGGGCUCGGACAACAUGGUGGGGGGGCCACAGGGAUAGCUAAUAAUAAUUUAUUAACAUGUUUAUUCAGAUGUGAACAACAACCUAGUUUGUAUGCUAGGAAGCAUCUUUCGGGAGUGUUGGGAUUUUUAAGUUACUCUGUCAGAUCAAGUGUUUGUCAACAAAAGACUAAUCAUAAAAGUUAAAAUGAAUAAAAUUCUCCACAAGCGGUCUGUAAGAACCUUGAGUCAGAUAAGGCAGCAUUGUACUUUGAUAAGCUCAUUAUCUUCCCACACAGCUGUGUACUAUACUGUGAAAGUUAUGGACCUCAGUUAUUUUUGUGUAUUUCAUUCAUAUUCUCCUAGUUUUGGCCAACUGUCACAGGGGUAUGAAAUGUCACUGAAUAUUUAUUGAGUUGAAAGUUAUUUCAGGCAGGUCACAUUUAAAGAGAAUUGAUGAAUUUAGUUGUGAUGGGAGAUGGAUGCAGGAGAUUUGUUGUUUUAAUUUGAUCAGGAUUUGUACUUUUUUGAGGAAAUAAAGUUUGAUUGGAAAGAAAUAAACCUGACCACAUCUUUUGCCUGUUGGG